AUGUCUUUAAACAAACCAGUGAUAACCCUCCACCGGGACAUCUGCUCCAUCGAGUCCAUAUCCGGCAAUGAAGCAGAAGUCGCACACUUUCUCGUCAAGUACCUCGAGAGCAAGGGCUUCGAGGUCGAAAAGCAGUACCUCUCGUCCCAUCCAGACCCAGAGCGAUUCAAUGUCCUGGCCUAUCUCAAAGGCAGCCGCAACACCAGAGUCUGUCUGACGAGCCAUAUCGAUGUGGUCCCCCCAUACUGGCCCUACACGCUCAAAAACAAUAACACGGAGAUCCACGGCCGGGGCACAGUCGACGCGAAAGCCUGUGUCGCGGCAAUGAUCAUCGCAGCUGAAGAGCUUCAGGCCGAGAAGCUUCUCUCACCAGGCGACAUAUCCCUCCUAUUCGUCAUCGGCGAGGAGGUCGACGGCGACGGGAUGCUCAAGGCGAACGAGCUCGGUAUCAACUGGGAGAGUGUAAUCUUCGGCGAGCCGACGGAGGGGAAACUACCGAAGGGACACAAGGGGGUUCUCUCGGUCAAUAUCAAAGCGACAGGGAAGGCCGCGCACUCUGGAUACCCAGAGCUCGGGGAUUCAGCGACGGAGAAGCUUCUCGCUGGGCUUGAGGCGAUUAGACAUAAACUGGAGUUGCCGCGGUCAGAAUUGCUAGGGGAGACGACGAUGAAUAUAGGGCGGAUUGACGCUGGGGUUGCGGCGAAUGUGAUCCCCUUCCACGCCGAAGCGCAGGUAUUGUUCCGGGUUGCGAGUGGUACUGUUGAGGAAUUGCAGAAGAAGAUACAAGAUACCUUGCACAGCACUGGGUACGAGUUUGAGCUUGCGUAUAAGGGCAACGCGGCUGGGCCGGUGACGCUGGACUGCGAUGUUCCGGGGUUCGAGACGAUGGUUGUUAGCUAUGGCACGGAUGUUCCGGGGCUCAAGGGUAAUCAUAAACGGUAUCUCUGGGGUCCUGGGACGAUCCAUGUUGCGCAUACUGAGGCGGAGUCUCUCAAGGUGUCGGAGUUGGUGGAUGCGGUGGAUGCGUAUCGCAAAUUGACGCUGCAUGCCCUGGGGAAAUGA